AUGGCAUCACAACAAUCUGGUGGCAAGGAGGACGGAUACGUGGCCCCGAGAGACUCUAGCACGGAGGAGAAUGCCAGGUUGAUUCAAUCCGAAACCGAGCCGGCUCCUGCGCCGAGGCAGGGUAGGCUACGGAGGCUUGGCCCAACGUUCCUGCUGUCGCUGUCGAAUCUCAUCACACUGUCAGCCUUGGUGUUGCUGCUCGUAUCACACCAUGAUACGAUGUCGUGCGUGCCGGAUAGGCAUCCGCACUGGAUUGCACCUGAGAUCCCGGUCACCAAGAUCCUUGAGGCCAACGAUGUCUAUACUCGUCCGCCGGACGAGGACGAGCUGAAGGCUUGGAGCCACCUCAUGCCUUUGGGCAGAGGCCUUGUCAUGGUCGACAAAACCGGCCUUCCCGGCAUGCCUGGCCUGAACCUGUCCUCUCCCCGCGGCACAUCAGGCUGGACCGGGAUCGCGCACCAACUACACUGUCUUUACUCAACCAAACACGCCUUCUAUGACCUCUACUAUAACCGCACCGGCGACAAGACAGAGCCACUUUUCGGCGUCGGCUGGCAGCUCGAGCACCUCAACCACUGCUGGGACUACGUUCGACAGACCAUCAUGUGCAACCCUGAUUUAACAGUCGAGUGGCGGGGUGAGUACGAGGGGACAGGUUGGGGGUAUCAACGGCAGUGCAAAGACUGGGGCCCGGUUUAUGACUGGCUCGAGAAGCACCGGAUUACGAACGAUCGCGGCAUUUUGGCGCUUGGGUACGAGAGAAGGCCGUUGGAUACUAGCGUUGUGCCGGGGGUUUGGUCGAGUAAGGAUCUGGAAGACAUUGAUGUUUAG